UACCCCUAUAGCACACACUUUUCAUGUACACAGCGGGUGCAGGCGCCCCGGAGGGGAGGGGACCGGGCACGCGCGGCGCGGCGCAGCGCCCCCUGCCGCCCGCGGGAGGAACCAGCGCGGCUCGCCGGACGCGGGAACAUGGCGCGGCCGCCGGCGAGCCCCGGGUCGCAGGCGGCCGACCCGGACCAACGGGAAGCCAACGUGGUGACGCGCGUGUCGCAGUGGGCGGACAGCCACCUGCGCCUUGUCCAGAACGUCAGCACGGGAAUGGCCGUAGCUGGGAUCGUGUUACUAAUGAGAAGUGUCCGACUGACAUCAAAAUUCACAGCCUCUUCGGAUAUUCCAGUCGAGUUUAUAAGAAAGAAAGUGAAGCUCCGUGGCCGAUUACACCGGAUAACCGAGUGUGGUCUAGAAAUUGAACAUAUUCCUAUUACUUUACCUUUUAUAUCUUCGUGGAAAAAAGAACCACGUGGGUUUUUGCUGGUUAAGCUGGCUGGAGUAGAACUCACUGAAACCGGUAAGGUCUGGUUACAGAAAGAGCUAAAACCUUCCCAGCAGCUGUGGUUCCAGCUUCUUGGAAAGGAGAAUUCAGCACUGGUUUGCUACCUUCUAGUGAACAAGGGUGGAUAUUUUAACGUGAAUCUGAAUGAGGAAAUUUUAAGAAGAGGCUUGGGCAAAACUGUUCCUGUUAAAGGGCUAAAUUAUGACUCAAAAACCCACUGGAAAAUCCACAGGAACUUACUUAAGGCUGAACUGGCAGCCGUGAAGAAAGGAGAAGGAAUAUGGAAGGAAGAGUCUGAAAAAGAUAGCUAUUUGGGAAAAUUCAAAGAUUCCUGGAGAGAAAUAUGGAAAAACGACAAUUGUUUAAAAACAAGCAGACCAGAUUUCCACUUGACCAAAGACAGUUAUUAUGACAGGUUUCGGAGGGCUUAUGGAAGCUGGAAGGACCACGUGGGCAACUUCUCUUUAGUUCUGAAACUUAGAGAACUUGUGAGCCGCCUGCACUUUGGGAGAAAAAGAUGAAGCACCCUUGAGGUCCAGAGGUGACCACUUUUCCUUGAGUCAAAUGGAAACUUCUUCAGGUGACCAAAAUUCUAGUCUAGUGGUCCUUAAAGAUUCGAAACACUGUUAACACCAAAAUCAAUUUGAAAGAAUUAUGACCAAUGCAAUAUACUUUCAGCAAAAAAUGGCACACUAUACAGUUACCUGGUAGAAGGCUGUAUCCAUGUAGAACUAGUGUUUUGCCUGUUUCUUCUCCUGCCCUGCCCCCUAGUGCUGUGGAUUGAAUGCAGGGCCUCAUGCACUCUGGAUUCGCUAGCAUACCAUGACUGAGUCUCAUUGCCAGUGCUAUAUUGCUAAUGUCUCAAGAGAAAGUUAAAGCAUUGACUGUUAAAUUAGUUAUUUGGCACAGCCAGAUUUAAUAUUUGUUUUUCAGUUUCAUCACUUUAUAAUAAAGGAAGUUUUAGAAUGUUUCUUUCUAAGCCACUUUUUCUCCCAGUGUCUUUCUAGCUGCUAGUGAGUUUGGGCCAGGGCCACAAGAGAUAGGGACACCAUUCUUGGGAAUAAAGAUUGCUAACUUCUCCUGUAGUUAGAUGAGAGGAUUUUUUUUUUUUUCGAGACAGGGUUUCUCUGUGGUUUUGGAGCCUGUCCUGGAACUAGCUCUGUAGACCAGGCUGGUCUCGAACUCACAGAGAUCCGCCUGCCUCUGCCUCCCAGAACUAGGGAGGCAGAGACAGACUUCAAGGACAGCCUGGUCUAUAGAGUAAGUUUCAGGACAGCCAGGAAUACACAGAGAAAUGCUGUCUUGAAAAAACAAAAAAACAAAACAAAACAAAACAAAACAAAAACCAUACAUUAAAAAAUAUCUAAUAAAACUAAGACAUGAUUAUA